AUGACUGAAGACCAAGAUCUACUGUCCAAAAUCAGCCAGCUUGCUGGCCAGAUUAAUCGGCACAAGAACCAAUCUACGCAAGGUCAGAAUGACUUCGCCCCAGCUCCCUACGCGACGCGCCAUGACACUUCUCGCUGGGCACCGUAUCGAGGACGUCACUACGCGCCGCGGGGACGACCUGCACCUCAUCGUCACCGGACCUUAGUCCUGAAUAACACGGCGGGGCCAGGACAAUCCUCUGGCUUGAGUCCCGCAUCUACACCUGGUGCUCCCGCGACAGAGAACAACGAGGCACCGGCAUCGACGUCCAACGGAUGGGUUGCGAAACGCGAUCGCCAUAUGCAACUGAUCAACUCGGCCGUCUACGACAAGGAAGCGCAGGCGAGGGCGAAAGCGAUGGAGGAUACUCGCAAGGCGAAGGCGCAGAAAAAGACUCAAGUCGAACAGGCCAAGGUGCUCAGCUACGCUCAGGGUGUUGGAAGACAGUUUCCGCCCCCGACUGUUGCUGCUGCGCCGGCUGCUGCUGCUCAUCCGGCCGGGUAUCAGCUUUUCUUCAAUGAUAUUCCGUUUAGGAUAGCGAGAGGUGGAAGCAAGUUGAUCCGCAUGUCCAAUGAUCCGAAUACCGCCAACAACACGCCGAAGAGAGUCUCCGUUGCGGGUGUCACGUUUGUCCGGAGCAAGAAUGGAAAUCUCCACCGACUUGGUGCGGUGACUUCGAAAAGGAACCCGACCGUCAAGAAGAAGAAUGAACUUUGCAAGAGAUUUACUACGACGGGUACCUGCUACAAAGGGCCGUCGUGUUUCUAUAUCCACGAUCCAAACAAAGUCGCUAUUUGCAAAGAAUUCCUGCAUGGAAAAUGCAGCGCAGGUAUUGAUUGCGACCUUUCCCAUCAACCAUCGCCCCACAGAUCCCCUACUUGUUUGCACUUCCUUCGGGGUCGCUGCGCGAACCCGGAAUGCCCGUAUGCUCACGUUCGGGUGACCCCUGGCGCACCUGUCUGCAGGAAUUUCGCAACUCUGGGCUACUGCGAGAAGGGUGCGGACUGCGAAGAACGCCACGUGAACGAGUGUCCCGAUUACGCCAACACCGGGGUUUGCAACAGGAAACAUUGCCGUCUGCCUCAUGUGGAUCGGGCGGGUCAGAUGAAGAAUGCAGCCAUCAGAGCGGAAGGACCGCAGGACGAAGAGUCUGAUGCCUCCAGUGAGGAAGAAGAAUACGACGAGAUCGACUCGGAUGACGUCGACUCUGACGAUGAAGAUCCGGAAUUCAUCGAGGGCGUCGACACUGGCGAGCUCUCGCAGCAACAGGAUUUUGUCCAUUUUUAG